UUGCUGUCCGCUGUCCCGCGGCAUCCUCGGCCCGCGCGCCCGCUCAUGGCCGGGAAGGUGCUGCCUCUGCUGCUGCUGGCGGUGGCGGGCCUCGUCGGCCUGCUGCUGCUCUGCGUCCGCACCCGAGACGUCCGGGAGCCGCCAGGCCUCAAGUACGGCAUUGUCCUGGAUGCUGGCUCCUCGCACACGUCCAUGUUUGUCUACAAGUGGCCUGCAGACAAGGAGAAUGACACCGGUAUCGUGGGCCAGCACAGCUCCUGUGACGUGCAGGGUGGGGGCAUCUCCAGCUACGCAGACAACCCCUCUCGGGCUGGCCAGAGUCUCGUAGAAUGCCUGGACCAGGCGCUCCGGGAUGUGCCUAAGGAGAGACACGCUGGCACGCCCCUCUACCUGGGAGCCACCGCGGGCAUGCGGCUGCUCCACCUGACUGAUCCUGAGGCCUCAGCCGAGGUCCUUUUGGCUGUGACCCAGACGCUGAAUAGUUACCCCUUUGACUUCCGUGGUGCCCACAUCCUCUCGGGCCAGGACGAGGGGGUGUUUGGCUGGGUGACCGCCAACUACCUGCUGGAGAACUUCAUCAAGUAUGGCUGGGUGGGCCAGUGGUUCCGGCCAAAGAAGGGGACGAUGGGGGCCAUGGACCUGGGAGGCGCCUCCACACAGAUCACCUUUGAGACAGCCAGUCCAGCUGAAGAUCCAGCCAGUGAGGUCCAGCUGCGGCUCUAUGGCCAGCACUACCGCGUCUACACCCACAGCUUCCUCUGCUACGGCCGUGACCAGGUCCUCAGGAGGCUGCUGGCCAGUGUCAUCCAGACCCGAAGAUUUCACCCUUGCUGGCCAAAGGGUUAUGCUGCCCAGGUGCUCCUCCAGGAUGUGUAUGGGUCACCGUGCACAGCAGCCCAGAGGCCCAGGACCUUCAACAGCAAUACCAGCAUCAGCGUGUCCGGCAGUGGCGACCCUGCCCUCUGCCGAAGCCUCGUGAUGGGCCUCUUCGAUGCCUCCUCCUGCAGCUUCACCCACUGCUCCUUUAACGACGUCUUCCAGCCCCGUCUAGCUGAGCACUUUAUUGCCUUCUCUGCUUUCUUCUACACUGUGGACUUCCUGAGGACUGUGAUGAAGCUGCGCGUGGAAACCCUGCAGGAGCUGGAGGCAGCCACGAUGACCGUCUGUAACCAGACCUGGAAUGAGCUGCAGACCCGGGCGCCGGAGGAGAUGUCCCGCCUGCCCCACUACUGCGCAGGGGCCAUGUUCGUGUGGCAGCUGAUGAGCUAUGGCUACGGCUUUGACGAGCCCGCCUUUCGCGGCGUGACCUUCCGGAAGAAGGCUGGGGACACGGCGAUCGGCUGGGCGCUCGGCUACAUGCUGAACCUGACCAACAUGAUCCCCGCCGACCCGCCGGGGCUGCGCAAGGGCUCGGAGUUCGGCUCCUGGGUCGUCCUCCUCCUGCUCUUCGCAGCCAUGCUCCUGGCCGCGCUUGUCCUGCUGCUGCGCCAGGUGUGCUCUGCCAAGUAGUAGAGCGCCAGCUAGAGGCGGGCCAGGGGUCUGUCCACAGCCCUUCCGUCUCCGCCCUCCCUGAGCCCUCCACCCCAGCAUCCAGCCCCUAACGCGCCCCGGAACAGAGACAGGGACUCGGGCUCCCACGCCCACCAUGGGCUCGGGUGGGCAAGAGGAACUCAAUCCUGCCCCCUCUAGCCCCCUCCUCUCUCGUCCCCGGUCCAGCCUCGGCUUCUUCUCAAGGCAUCUACUACCUCUCCACUUCCUGGGGUUAGGGGUCUCCAGACGCCCCAGCCUGUCUGUGGUGGUCCUCAGCCUGUGACUGUUCUCCAGGGAGUGGGGUUUUUAUUCUGACAACCAGGGCCCUCGAGCCCCCUCCACUCCGUAUUGGAGGAGGUCAGAGCCCACGGGUUGGGAGCCAGCCCAGAGCCUACCUGUACAAAUUUUGUAAU